UACAAUUACUGCAGUUACAGCUAUAACAACUACCACUCUUAAAGUUGUACAAGCCACAAAAGGGUGUUUAUAUUAUCCAAAGGUUUGCAAAAUGAGAGACGAAAUAAAAAAACGUCUUCUGCCUGAAGUGACUAGGAAAAGAAAUAGUUUCCUGUCAAAAUAUGGUCAGCCAAGUAAGUUUGAGGCUACAGCCAGCAAAAUCCAUGACCAAGUUACUGAUAUAAAGGAUAAAAUUCUGACCAUAAAAGAACUGGAUACUGCUAUUGAUAAGAAUUUAACAGAUUUAGUAAAUCUCUAUAGUUCUAUUAAGGAUGACUUUACUUAUAUUAACGCAGAUAUAUUAUCUGAGUACAAUGAAUGGGUGAAAAACUCUAUAUCUGCAGCGGCUUUGCAGGUCAAUCUUCUUCCUAUAGAAAUAUUGAUGACAUUGCCGGUAUUGGUAGCAACAAGUGCUACUACCUUAGCGCUUGCAGCCUCGGGUAUCGGUGCUGUCCUAGCGGUAGGGUUUGCUAUAGUUGAUGUUGUUUCUAGUGUAAAGGAAGAGAAACGUGUACGGGAUCAAUUACAGGAAAAGAAAAAUACACUUAUCAAGUCAAGAAAUCAGUUAAAUUCUGCAUAUAGUAGUAUGAAGACUUUUCAGAAAAAGUUCUGCCAGUAUGUUCUGAAAUUUCUUUAUGAUCUGUCAAGUAAGGGCAAACAAUAUGAACCAAAACUGCUGUCGCUUUAUAAGUUUGUCUCUAAAACUUACGGGCAUUCUAAAUAUAGAUGUUAUUAUAACCACAUAAUAGAAAGAUCAAACCGCAACACUCUUGAGCGCCUUUCAAAUAAUUAUCUGCAGCCAUUAAUAACGGUUUUGUCCAAUAGCAUUGAUAAAUUAAAACUGAAAAUACAAGAAAUACAGGAAGCUAAUGUUUUUUUGGAAGAAAUAAAAAACAAAAUCAUUAAAACUUCAGAGAAACCAUCAGACAUAUUUAAGUUUAUUAAAAUGUAUAAACCAAAACUCACAAAACAAAUGUACAGCAAUUUAUUUGAUCUUCUAAAAUUUAUUUCCAAAUCGGUUCUUCCUAAUCGCAACUGUUAUUGGGGUCACGACCUUAACUUAAUUCGUAAAGGGGUCACUACGUUUCACAACUACCUAAAAAGUUCCAUUUGCGAUAGCCAAGAGAUAGUGUAUCUUACAAAUAAAAUAAGAAAUGGAGUGAAAACUAAUAUUCCUGUGUGUAGAAUUGCCCGCCAGGUAACAGGAACUAUUUUCAGAAGCAGGUUUACCGUUAUAAGAUACAUAGCGGAUCACGUUUUGCCAAAUAAAGAUUGUUAUUGGGGAUAUGAUCUCAGCAGCAUCCGCGGCAAACCUGAUGAAGCUGAAAUAAACAAUGCAAAGAUUGACGCUGCAUUUCUUACAACAAUGAAAAAUAUUAAAGCGAGUAAUGUACCUAUGUCGCUGGUUAAACCAAUACUGAAAGGUCAGUAUGGAAUCCUUACUUCAAAAUGGCAAACCUUUAUUUUAUAUCACAUAUGGCAUAAUAAAUACAUCUCAAAUGAUACAGCAUGUCCCGAGGGUCCAUGUACAUCAACAUGUUUUCCAUCUUUACCACAAUUUGAUAAAUGUUGAAUUUCUUGUAUUGAGCUAUGAACGUAUGUAUCUUAUACAAUAUGAACAUAUCCAUCUUAUAUCGAUCUCAUUAUAUCAAACUUCAAAUAUUUGCUUACUAGUAUCUAAUUUAUACUUUUUUUUAAAUUGUAUUGUAAUAAAUAUUUAUUAACAUA